CACUGAGGAUGUAGCUGCUGUCAUGGCUCCCGGACCGCGUAUAUCUCAGUGCAAUAGUAAAUAACUUGGAAAAAAAAUGCGUUGUCCUUGUUUAUAACAGAGAACUGCAUUUUCGAAGAAUAAGUAUAGCUAUAAUACUUUAGCCUAGAACCGUAGUCUUUUAAAAUAUCCCUUCGAGCGAGCGAGCUAUGGAUGUGCAGGUUGCAAACCAUUGCAGCAUCAAGUCUGCAGCCAAACCGAGCAGUCCGCAGAAAGCAGCUGAAAGCGGGACAGAAACCGCACCAAAGAAGAAAUCCCGCACCAGAAGAGGCAAAAGAGGCAAGAGACGGAGGGGCAAGAAGGUCAACGAGCCCCCGCCGUUUCUCCCGCCGGAGGCUGAAGAGGGAAAUAUUGAAUACAAGUUGAAGCUGGUUAACCCCACGCAGUAUCGGUUCGAGCAUUUGGCCACACAGCUGAAAUGGCGUCUUCAGGAGGGCCGAGGGGAGGCUGUGUAUCAGAUUGGGGUGGAGGAUAAUGGUCUGCUGGUUGGACUUACUGAAGAAGAUAUGAAAGCUUCGCUAAAGACCCUUCGCAGAAUGGCAGAGAAGGUUGGGGCUGAUAUUACGCUUCUGAGAGAGAGGGAGGUGGACUGCGACAGAGCCAGGAGAAAAAUCGCUGAAGUUCUUGUGCGGAAAGUUCCAGAUGACCAGCAGUUCCUGGAUCUUCGUGUGGCUGUUCUGGGUAAUGUGGACUCAGGAAAGUCGACUCUGCUGGGGGUUUUAACUCAAGGUGAGCUGGAUAACGGACGUGGCAGAGCAAGACUCAACCUCUUCAGACACUUGCAUGAGAUUCAGACCGGACGGACAUCCAGCAUCAGUUUCGAGAUCCUAGGCUUCAACAGCAAAGGAGAGGUUGUAAACUACAGCGACUCCCGAACAGCAGAGGAGAUUUGUGAAAGCUCUUCCAAGAUGAUCACUUUUAUUGAUUUGGCUGGUCAUUAUAAGUACUUGAAGACCACCAUAUUUGGCCUGACGAGCUACUGCCCGGACUUUGCAAUGCUGGUGGUGGGAGCCAAUACUGGCAUUGCUGGCACAACUAGGGAGCACCUGGGUUUAGCGAUGGCACUAAAGGUGCCCAUUUUCAUUGUGGUGAGUAAAGUGGACCUCUGUGGCAAAAGCACAGUGGAGAAAACGGUCCGUCAGCUAGAGAGAGUCCUCAAACAGCCCGGCUGUAACAAGAUCCCCAUGGUGGUGGCAAACCCUGAUGAUGCAGUCACCGCUGCACAGCAGUUCGCACAAUCCUCCAGCGUGACACCCAUCUUCACACUCUCCAGCGUAUCAGGGGAGAAUCUGGACCUUCUGAAGGUCUUCUUCAACAUUCUUCCUCCAUUGAGCAACAGCAAAGAGCAAGAGGAGCUUAUGCAGCAGCUCACAGAGUUCCAGGUUGAUGAGAUUUACAGUGUUCCUGAUGUGGGGACGGUUGUUGGUGGAACUCUGUACAGCGGUGUGUGUCGUGAAGGAGAUCGGCUAGUUGUUGGUCCCACUGAUGAUGGGAAGUUUCUGAGGCUGAAGGUGUGCAGUAUUCAUAGGAAUCGCUCCGGCUGCCGCGUCCUGAGGGCCGGACAGGCCGCCACACUCGCACUUGGAAACUUUGAUCGCUCGCUACUCCGAAAGGGAAUGGUCAUGGUGAGUCCUAAAAUGAACCCUACAAUUUGCUGGCAGUUUGAGGCCGCCAUUGUCCUCCUGUUCCACGCCAAGACUUUCCGCCGUGGUUUCCAGGUCACGGUGCACAUAGGAAAUGUCAGGCAGACCGCCACGGUGGAGUGCCUCCUUGGAAAGGAGGAGCUGCGGACCGGAGAGCGAGCCGUUGUUUGUUUCAGAUUCUUGAAGCACCCUGAGUAUUUGCGUGUGGGAGCUAAACUGCUCUUCAGAGAAGGGGUGACCAAAGGCAUCGGACACGUGACGCACCUUCUACCCUCCACCCAGAACCUCGUGCCUGAUCAGAACCACAACCAGAACCUCACUUAAACACGGCGGGAGUGACACCACAAAUCGAAAAAGGACCCUUCCUGUUCUUGCCUUGAGUUUGCACCCCCUGGUUUUAUUGUGCACUUUUCAUUUCCACUCAGAGUGUAGAUUUGCUUAUAUUAAUUGCAAAUUUGCCUGUGCGUAAGUGCUCUCGGUUCCUGUGACAUUUGGAGGGUUGUGCUACAGUGAUUUACCGAUUAACGUCUGCUGUGUGUAAUGAAGCUCGGAAACCUCUCCUGUUUUUGCACAUGUGCGUGCUUCCCAUUUUAAGACAAAGCCGGCUGACCUUCAGUGAAGCAUGUGGGAUUUUGGGUCGCUAAGUUGGGUAUCUGGAGCAGAUUUCUCCAGCAGCAACUCCUGGCUGCUUCAGAGAGAUGCAAUUAUUUUAACAGCAGUUCUUCUUAUUAUUAUUCUUCAGAUCUUCUGUAGUAUUUAAUAAAUGGUGUUGUCCCAGAAGAACUGGUGCACUUUAGAUUUGUUUCAUUCUGAGAAAGAUUUGCACAGUAAAAAUGUUAGUAUAGCCCAAAGUACACUUUGUCUUUUGAUGUGAAUGCUUAACAUAGGGGUGUUUAUUCCUGUACCUGUAGGGCCAACAUCUUGCAGAGUUUAGCUUGAACCAGAUCUGACACACAGGACUAGAAUGUUCUAAAGACCUAAUUAUUAGCUUGAACCAGAUCCGACACACAGGACUAGAAUGUUCUAAAGACCUAAUUAUUAGCUUGAACCAGAUCCGACACACAGGACUAGAAUGUUCUAAAGACCUAAUUAUUAGCUUGAACCAGAUCCGACACACAGGACUAGAAUGUUCUAAAGACCCGAUUAUUAGCUUGAACCAGAUCUGACACACAGGACUAGAAUGUUCUAAAGACCCGAUUAUUAGCUUGAACCAGAUCCGACACAGAGGACUAGAAUGUUCUAAAGACCUGAUUAUUAGCUUGAACCAGAUCCGACACACAUGACUGGAAUGUUCUGGAGACCAGAUUAUUAGCUUGAACCAGAUACGACACGAAGGACUAGAACGUUCUGAAGACCCGCUUAUUAGCUUGAACCAGAUCCGACACACAAGACUACAAUGUUCUGAAGACCCGAUUAUUAGCUUGAACCAGAUCUGACACACAGAACUAGAACAUUCUGAAGACCUAAUCCUUAGCUUGAACCAGAUCCGACACACAGGACUAGAACAUUCUGAAGACCCGAUUAUAAGCUCGACCCUGAUUUGACACACAGGACUAGAAUAUUCUGAAGACCCAAUUAUAAGCUCGACCCUGAUCUGACACACAGGACUAGAAUAUUCUGAAGACCAGAUUAUUAGCUUGAACCAGAUACGACAAACAGGACUAGAACGUUCUGAAGACCCGCUUAUUAGCUUAAACCAGAUCCGUCACACAAGACUAGAAUGUUCUAAAGAUCUGAUUAUUAACUUGAACAAGAUUCGACACACAGGACUCGAAUAUUAGCUUGAACCAGAUCCGACAAGCAGGACUAGAAUGUUCUGAAGACCUGAUUAUUAGCUUGAAUCAGAUCCGACACACAGAACUAAAAUGUUCUGAAGACCCGCUUAUUAGCUUGAACCAGAUCCGACACACAGGACUAGAACAUUCUGAAGACCCAAUUAUUAGCUUGAACCAGAUCCGACACACAGGACAUUCUGAAGACCCGAUUAUAACUCGAACCAGAUCGGACACACAAGUUUGGAAUGUUCUUAAGACCUGAUUAUUAGCUUGAACCAGAUCCGACACACAGGACUAGAACGUUCUGAAGACCCAAUUAUUACCUUGAACCAGAUCCAACUCACAGGACUAGAACGUUCUGAAGACCCAAUUAUUAGCUUGAACCAGAUCCGACAUACAGGACUAGAACGUUCUGAAGACUCGAUUAUUAGCUUGAACCAGAUCCGACACACAGGACUAGAACAUUCUGAAGACCCGAUUUUAACUCGGACCAGAUCCGACACACAGGACUAGAAUGUUCUGAAGACCUGAGUAUUAGCUUGAAUCAGAUCCGACACACAGGACUAGAAUGUUCUGAAGACCUGAGUAUUAGCUUGAAUCAGAUCCGACACACAGGACUAGAAUGUUCUGAAGACCUGAGUAUUAGCUUGAACCAGAUCCGACACACAGGACUGGAAUGUUCUGAAGACUUGAUUAUUAGUUUUGAACCAGAACCGACACACAGGACUAGAACGUUCUGAAGACCCGCUUAUUAGCUCGAACCAGAUCCGACACACAGGACUAGAAUGUUCUAAAGACCUGAUUUUUAGCUUGAACCAGAUCUGACACACAGGACUAGAAUGUUCUGAAGAUUCGAUUAUUAGCUGGGACCAGAUUCGACACACAGGACUAGAACAUUCUGAAGACUCGAUUAUUAGCUUGAACCAGAUCCGACACACAGAACUAGAACAUUCUGAAGACCUGAUCCUUAGCUUGAACCAGAUCCGACACACAGGACUAGAACAUUCUGAAGACCUGAUUAUAAGCUCGACCCUGAUUUGACACACAGGACUAGAAUAUUCUGAAGACCCAAUUAUAAGCUCGACCCUGAUCUGACACACAGGACUAGAAUAUUCUGAAGACCCGAUUAUAACUCGAACCAGAUCCAACACACAUGACUACUAUGUUCUCAAGACCUGAUUAGCUUGUUUAGAUAUGUUAUUUAAGAUAAGCGCUAAUCUCUGCAGGACACUGGGCCUCCAGGAGCAGGUUUGGACACCCCUGGUUUAGCAUAUGCAUACAGUUGUGGACUAAUUGUUAAAGAGUCGGAAAUGUAAAUCAAAGGACACAAGUAUUAUUCCAAGUACCAGCAGGAGUUGUAGGUGAGGAGAAGUGAAUAAACAACACUUUCUUCUACCUUUAGUACCCACAUCUAAGAUGCCCUUGAGCAAGGGACUGAACCCCCGAUUGCUCCCCAGUUGCCUCAGCAAAUGACUGGCAAAGUUUCAUCUUUGUCCAGGGUUUGUGCUAUUUCUUCCCAGAUGUAAUGUCCAGUAGAAUUCUCAGUUUCGAAGGAGCUUGGUAUGAUGUCCGAAUGCAUUCAACGACAUGUCAGUUUUAAAAAAUUAACCGAUUUUAAACUAUUUUUGACAUUACCUCUGGAAGUGGUUGAAAGUGGACAAGCUUAAAACAGUUUUGACCCAAUUGACUUGAGAUUGGAAUGAGAUUUUUUUUUUUACUUCUGCUUGUUCCCUGUUGGCUUGGUUUCGUCACUUCAGUUUUUGUUGUCAUGUUCUGAUUCAACAACCAAAGCGCUCACUUUCACCGAUGCCAAUUCUUCAUGUUGAAUCAGGCCAACUCGCUCCAACAUUAACCUGAUGAGAUGUGAUGUGUGGAACACACCAAACAAACUAGCCUAACACAUGUUCAACAAUUCCAACAAUUGGCUUGGUGUAUUCUGACCUGUAAAGAAAACGUUGACCCAAUAAUUAUAGCUGAGAUACAGCCAAAACAUUUGGACACAGUCUGUAGCCCGUCAGAGGUAUUAAUCAGCAAGAUGCAGCAUUGUUAAAUAUUUUAUCUUUAAUUUCAUUAUAAACAACCAUCCACGUUUUGUUCAUGUCAUUUGGUUUUGUUUCCGUGCAUGUUUGUUGACAUGACAGAAUAUCGCCCCCUGUUUUGAAUAAAGGGAGAUAAGGAGUGACCCAGCUAAGGAGAUUCAGGAGCUUCUAGGGUUGUAGGAUCAGUCAGGCAUGACUGGGUUGUAGUGAUCUAGGUUAAAUUGUGCCUAAUCAUAUGUUUGUCUUCACUGAUAUGAAUCCAAAACAAUUGUGCAUAUUGCACACUUAUAUAUGUUAGCAAAUAUUAGCAAGGCUUAGGUCAUUUCAGAUGGCUUACAGCAGGGGUGGGCAAACUCUGUCCUGGAGGGCCGGUGUCCUGCACAGUUUAGCUACGACUCUAAUCAAACACGCCUGCAUAUAGAUUUCUAGUGAUCUUGAAGACACUGAUUAGCAUCUUCAGGUGUGUUUAAUAAGUGUUGGAGCUAAACCAUGCAGGACACCGGCCCUCCAGGAACGAGUUUGCCCACCCCUGGCUUACAGGGUUAACUGAACAUUUAUGGCAGCUUUGUGUGAUCAGUAUUUGUCCUGGGCAUGCACAGGAACCCAGAUAAUUAUUGUGUUGUGUGUCUUGUUCACCCGUGUGCACUCCUAUUCAAGAUUUUGUGCAAUUUAAAAAACAUUGAAUGUACUGAUCAUGGAUAUAAAUGUACCAUUUGAAGUUACUAAACUAAAUAUAGCUAGUUUUAUUCAGCUGUAUUGGGCAUCUUGCAUGAAACUUAAACAGAACACAUUUGCAAUUGUAAUUUGCUGGUACAACCAUUCUUGCACAGAUUUCCACAUAAACCUUUGUGUCAAGGAUAGUUUUACGUAUGUUUUUUGUACAUAUAAAACCAACCAGGCUCAUUCUGAAAACGUACCCCUAUAUACAUUUCUCUAGAGUACCAACUAUGUCCCAGGGGGUAGGUUUUUUUGGGUUUUUUUUUUUUUUGCAGUUUUUUAAUCCACCAGAGGAUGCUGUGUAUAUGCUUUUUCAGAUCUCAAAUUUUUCUCGCAAGUGCCAUUCACACCUGCCAUUCUCGUGUAAAUCCACCAGAGGCCGCUGUCGACUGACUGACCGAUCAACCGACCCACCCAAUAGUGUUUUCAGAAGCACCGACUGACCCGCUCACCCACUUCCCUAAACCCAACCAGCAGUUUUAAAAAGCAAUCCAGAUAAAGAAAAGUCCUCGCCUGAUUUUUACCACGUUUUCAGAUUUUACCACAUUCUCACCCUGUUAUUUACUUGUUUAUUUUAUUUUUUGGCUUGUUUUUGUCUUACCCACUUUUUGCAACUGUUCUUCACUAGACUCGAACCCAGUCAUCAUGGUCAACUCCUCUCAGCGUCUCAAGUCUGCUAACGUACGCAGUGAGCCACUAUACAAACUGGUAACAUCGGGAAAGCUGUCCACACAGAAGUAAGCGCGAAAAGAAACGGCGUCGUACCGCUCCAUAGCGAUCAUUGUAAAAACAAAAUGCAGCCAUACGUACUUCUGGUUACAUAAUUUACAAUCUCCAGGGCUACGUUUUCAGAAUGAGCCUAUGUUGCAUAAAGCAAAUAGUUCUGCUUGUGUUUUAUAAAUGCAGCCCAAUCUCUUUUCAUAAAUUCAGCUCUUGGUCAACAGUGCAUGCUGUGCUUACAAAAAGAAUCAUUCAUAUUGUUUGAAGUGCAGCUGGUUGGCUUAUGAUGUUUGGAAUGUAUCUUCAUUUCAUGUACUUUUAAAAGAAAAGACUUGAAAACCUGACUAGUCUAUUGCUUCGCUAUUAGUUCCUAUACAGUAUAAUAAAGAAU